AUGUUGCCAAAGAAAGGAGGGAUCACAGUCAUCAAGAAUGAACAUGAUGAGCUCAUUCCAACAAGGACAAUCACUGGACACAGAAUGUGUGUUGACUACAGGAAACUGAACUCCUCCACGCGCAAGGACCACUACCCCUUGCCAUUCAUAGACCAGAUGCUUGAGCGCCUUGCCAAUCAUCAAUACUAUUGUUUCUUGGAUGGAUACUCAGGAUUUUUCCAAAUUCCAAUCCACCCAGAUGAUCAGGAGAAGACUACAUUCACUUGUCCCUAUGGCACAUAUGCUUAUAGGAGGAUGCCUUUUGGAUGUGCAAUGCUCCAGCUACAUUCCAAAGGUGUAUGA